AUGGAGUCGAAUACUAUCUUGCUUCCGAACGGACAGUGCAUGCCUCUGCUGGGCUUCGGCACGUGGCAGGCAACUAAUGAAGAAGAGCUGGAAACCGCUUUAAAUAUUGCCUUGGAGGCUGGAUACAGACAUAUAGACACAGCUCCAGUAUAUGAAAAUGAAAAAGUAAUUGGUAGAGUCCUUAAAAAAUGGAUUGACUCUGGAAAAAUAAAACGAUCUGAACUCUUCAUCGUCACAAAGCUGCCGCCAUGUGGAACUACACCAACAGGUGUUGAAAAAUGGAUCAAAAAAUCCUUGGGAGAUCUUCAAUUGGACUAUUUAGAUCUUUACUUGGUUCAUACUCCAUUUACAUUCGUUGAGAUAGAUGACAAAUUGUUUACGCUUGGAGAAGAUGGGAAUAUCAUGAUGGAUACGACUACUGAUCAUAUAAAAGUUUGGAGAGAAAUGGAAAAACAAGUAGAGUGCGGUCGAGCACGAGCCAUUGGCUUAUCAAAUUUUACUAAGCGCCAAAUUGAACGUGUUAUAAAAAAUGCGAAGAUAAAGGUUUCUACGUUACAAAUCGAAUUGCAUGUCUACUUUCAACAAAAGGAAUUAGUCGAAUAUUGCAAGGAACGAAAUAUUCCUGUGACGGCUUACUCACCGCUUGGCACACGAGGACUUGUUAAAAUGAUGAAGAAGGAUGAAGAAGUCCCAGAUAUGUUGCAGAAUGACGUGGUAUUGGAAAUAGGAAAGAAAUAUAAGAAAACAGCUGCCCAAGUUUUGUUGCGAUACAUUGUACAAAAUGGAAUUGCAACUAUACCAAAGAGCACAAAUCCUGAAAGAAUCAAACAGAACAUACAGGUAUUUGAUUGGAAUCUUGCACCUGAGGAUGUAGAGAAAUUGAAGAACCUCGAUCAAGGAGAAGCAGCUAGAAUCUGUGAUUUUAGUUUUUUGAAAGGAGUUUUUCGUCAUCCUGAAUUUCCUUUUUAAAUAUUCUAACACAUACGCUAUUUGCACCAAUACACAUACAUAUCAGUAAGCAGUGAUAUAUAAUAUAUAUAUUAAUAAUAAUAUAUAUUAAUAAUUGAGUUCUUAGAAUACAAUAAUCAAAGAAUUCAAGUUAGUGUUAUAUAAAUAUUAUCUAAAAUUUUAUUAAUAAAGGAAUGGAGAUCCUAGUUUCUAUUUCAUUAAACUGUGUACUUGAAAGAACUUCAUGCAAAUGAAAUAAUAAUUGUUAUAUAAUAAUGAUA